AUGUCAAACCAUGAAGCACUUGUCAAAGCGCUCUUGAUGAAAUUGAUUCUUGGCCAAGAGCUCGUGGAUACGAAGUUCCACAUAUUCUCAAGCCGCUCAACACAUCUACUAUUGUCCAGAACGGGAUCAUCUGACGCUACAUUUGUCGACUUCAGAGGUGGUUCAGAAUUCGAAGAUGGGAUAACACUUGAUGACUACGGAUACGGAUCUGACAGCGAUCUUGAAGAUGAAGAAGAGGUCAAAGCUAAUCAUACGCCUCCAAAUGAUGUAACUACCAUCCUCAAAGGAAAUGUUAGUGAAUCAGAGGAUCGUGAAGACGGUGACUUACUGGUUGUGGCGGACACUAUGUGCGAAAGUGAUGCCUUGGCUGGCCCACCACAGGCAGAAACACUUAUCGCCCCUACUCCAAUUCAAUAUAAACCACAAGUUUUCAACUACCGGAACAUACUCGUGCGAGACACAGCAUUCAGGACAUAA